AUGGUUAAAAUGGUAUUUUUAAAUAUUAUAAACAUAGGAGCGUAUGAUGAUAAGCUACCUUCUAAUACCUUUAAAAAAAAAUUACUUGAGAAUUGUGAAUUCGAUAAAAUGAAAUUAGCUUUUCAAUUAGAAAAACCUGAAGAAGGUGAAUGUACGGGAUAUAUAACAAAUAUUCUUGUCCAACUAUAUAUAAAUUAUCGCGCCAUUGCAAGAAGUUAUUGUAUAAAUGAUGGAAAUACUAAAUGCUGUAGAGAUAUUAAUUAUUACCUUGAUCUUAUAAUUGGAAUUAUUAGAUCAUCUGGAUUUGGAAAACAACAUAAAAAUGAUUUAAUACAACGAGUUAAUGAUUUCUGGAAAGAAACAUUCGUGAAGUUUACUGGUUAUGAUUGUAAAAGAGAAGAAGGUAGUUAUACAGAAGAAAAAAGAUCAAUAUUAAAACAAUUAUAUGAUAUAUGUGACGAUAAAAGUAUGCCUAGAUUUAAUAAAGAUUGGUAUAAUGAUCACCUUAAAAACAAGUGGAACGAAAUUAUUAAUUCUAACAGUUCUAACUUAGAAAAUUUAUAUUUUCAUAUUAACGGUGAACCCCUUAAUAAAAAAGUCAAAUAUAGAGAUUUUUUAUUGAAUUUUGAAGAUAUUAAUUGCAAUGGUUACAAUAAUAUAAAUCUCAAUGAUAUAUUGGUAAAAAGCGUAACCAUAGAACAAAAGUCUCCUAUGAAUAUUUCUAGCUCUCAUGGAGAUUCUGCAGAAAUAGGAAAUAAUUCAACAUAUCCUCAAGAACCUGUUAGCAAAACAGAAAAUCGUACUUCAAAUAUUUUGGACUUAAGAAAAAAUUUGCCCAUUACCUUUAUUACUAUUGCAGGAAUUGGCAGU